AUGGCUGCACGACUGCGUCGGAACCUCCGCGCUGCAUACGCCGACAUCGUCCCCAUCCUCGCCGAACAGUGUCACAAUCUGAAGCAAUUGAUACAAGAGGAUGAUCUGGAAAAGUACCUCGAUGUGUACGAAAUCAGCAACCCGGACAUGCAAGAGGCCGCCUUGAGUUACAGCGAAUCCGAAUUUGAUGACGCCGAAACGCUGAAAGCGCUGCGCAUCCUGCAGUAUCGAUUGUCCAUUCUCCGACGCGUAUACCUGUGCUCCCUUCUUGCCAUGGAGGCAGACGGCGGCAAGCCUGACUUUGCGCGGUGGUCCACAGUCGUAGAUUCGAUGCUCAAUACGGCUCGUCCUGUGGGAGAAUGGAGUGAGAAGUUCAACCGCGUGCUCGCCGAGGAAGAGCAGUUCGUACUCCCAUCGCCGGCCAAGGUUGCACCCACCCCUGGCCGAGAAAAGAUACGAAAUUCCGUGCGCAAACUGUCGGGCCUGUCGAGUGGCAUCCGAGGAUUGCAGGCCAAGAUGCAGGUGCUUCGCGAAGAGACCAGCAAAAGCUUAGAGGACACGGAAGACGUAACCGAUCUGGGCCACUCUCUCCUAGUGCAAUACGACUCCAUUGGCGCGGAUCUCAAGAGUUUGGUCCAAGCUUGGGAAGCUGGCAAGAACGCGCUGGCUCUGAACAUCGAUCGCCACGAACGCAGAAUAUCGCAGGCAUCGAGUGGGCUGCGCUCGCCAGUUCCAAGCCUAGGCGGCCUGACUGCUGUAGAUGAAGGCAGUCCGUCUGAUGCUCUACGCGCCCUCAAUGGUGACUUGCUGAGCCCCCAUCAGAGUGCUCCGUCGAGCGAUCAAGGCAGCAAUUCCGACGACGAAGUGUUCGAAGCUAUUGCUAUACCCAAGACACGAGCCACUAUGUCGAGAGAAGAGCGGAUGCAGAAGAUCCAAGAAGACCGCGUUCGGCAAGCUUCGCUACGUGAGCAGCGAGAUGCGAGUACCAACAUGCUGAGAGAAUUAGAGUCUGUCAUCAAUCUCAGACCACAUCGAGUCUCGGCGCCCCCUGCUGGCGCUCGAAUUACGAGCCUUUGA